AUGGUCCAUAAAGCCUCCAAAACCGGCGAUGCCAAAUUUCGUCCUGAAAAGUUUCUUGCAUCUGUGUAUAAUGCAGCAGGGCUCUUCGACAACGAAUUGAGCGUGUGGCAAAAUGCAUCCAAGAAAUGCAAAUCAAGUUAUCUAGUGUGGACUCAGCUCACUGACACCUUAAUAAAAUUAGAACGAUACGAAGAAGCUCGUCAAGUAUUCGAUGACAUUCAUACAAAACAAUUAGACUGGCCAGAAGCUAUUUGGGAAGCAUGGGUCUCUUUCGAACACGCCCAUGGUUCCGUUGAUGAUGUCGAAGCUGCCAUGGACAAAAUUGAAAAAGCUCAAUAUCAGACAUAUUCAAGACGGGCUAAGGAGGCGGAAAGGGCUGCGUACCAGGCAAUGCAGACCGCUGCUGAGGCGCAUUCCAAUGUACCAGUGGUUCCUGGUUCAGAAGCAACACAAGAUGACGUGGCCAUGAACGUCGACGUGCAGGCUCCUGAACGUGGAAAGAAACGAGGUGCGGAGGAAGAACCUCCUUCAGAGGGACAUAAGAAGGCGAGAUUCGAACAAAAAACCCCACCGCUAAGGAGGGACCGAGAGAACAGCACCGUCUUCGUUGCCGAACUGCCGACUGGAGUUACUGAAGAUGAGUUGAAGGACUUGUUCAAAGAUUGUGGAAGUGUCCGAGAAGUCAAGAUAACACAACUUCCUGGUGAACUUGUGGCUACUGUCGAGUUCUUCCAACGGGACAGCGUACCAGCUGCGUUGACAAAGGACAAAAAACGUCUACGUGACCAAGAAGUCGCUGUACAUCUAGCGUGGAGGUCGACUCUUUACGUGACCAACUUCCCUGAAUCGGCGGAUGAUCCAUACAUGAGAAAUCUGUUUGGAAAGUAUGGCGUUAUCUUUGACGUACGAUGGCCAAGCAAGAAAUUCAAAACAACUCGUCGCUUCUGUUAUAUACAAUAUACCUCUCCAAAUUCCGCCGAACGCGCACUAGAGCUUCAUGGACGCGAGCUGGAGCCCAAUCUUCCCCUAAAUGUCUAUCUCUCAAAUCCUGAACGCAAGAAGGAGAGGACUGACCAAGACGCCAACGAGCGGGAGGUUUAUGUGGCUGGUUUGAGUAAGUAUACGACGAAAGCAGAUCUUGAAAAGCUUUUCUCUACGUAUGGCAAGUUGAAAGAAGUCCGGAUAGCUACGGAACCGGACGGCCUUGCAAAAGGAUACGCCUUCAUUGAAUAUGAGGAAGCGAAAGAUGCACAGACCGCACUAGCUGCCAAUAACUACGAAUUGAAGAAGCGUAGAAUUGCCGUGACGCUGUCUGAUUCUCGAGUACGAGCGCGACAUCGGUCUGAAAUUGGACUGAGCCGAGUCGCAGAAAUACGAAGUCGAUCGGUACGGGUCCGCAACCUUCCACCUGCCACACAAGAAGGGUUGUUGCAGCAAGUUUUAGAAAAAAUCGCACCUGUAAGGCGCGUUGAGGUGUUUGUAGAUAAACAAGAGGCCGUCGUGGAGUUGGAAACCCCAGCAGAAGCUGGAAAGCUGCUGCUACGAACGGAGGCUGUGGUAUUCAAUGGUCACACAUUAGAAUUGACGGAGGAGGGUCGGGAUGGAUCGUCAACUCGUGCUUCUGCACCGCCGCCAAAGGCCGGAGGGUUGUUUGUGCCGAGGCGGGCAGCAGUGUCACGACCGCGUGCAGGGUUAGGGCACGCGAGAGCUGCUGUGGCUAGUAAAAGUACGACACAAGACCGGGGGGCAGCCUCUCAGGCGUCAAGUUCAAAGGCAGCAUCAGGCAAAGGACAGGAUGACUUUCGCAAAAUGCUUGGGUAG